AUGGAUAUGAAAUUAAAUGAUAUUGAAAAUGAAAAUUUUAUAAAUCAAAUGAAAGGUGUUGCAAUUGUUGGUAUUGGAUUUAGAAUCCCUUCUGGUAAUAGUGAAAAUUCAAUUAGUUCACCAGAUGAUUUAUUUAAUAAUUUAAAGAAUGGUUUUGAUGGUGUUAGUAGUACAUCAGAAAGAUGGAGUGACAAUUACCACAAGUUGGGUGAAAUUAGUAGUCCAAAUGCAGGUUUAUUACCAUUAAAUGAAUGGAAAUCAUUCGAUCCAUUAUUUUUUGGUAUUAAUCCAUCCGAUGCUCAUCAUAUUGAUCCUCAACAAAGAUUAUUAUUAAAAUGUACAUGGGAAGCAUUAGAAGAUGCAUCUAUCGAUCCAAUUUCAAUUCGUGGUACAAAUACUUCAGUUUUCAUUGGCUCAUCAACUAUUGAUUAUUUACAUGCAAAUAAACAUCCAGAUCUUAUUUUAAAGAAUGCUAUUGGUUUUUCACCAAGUACUUUAUCAAAUAGAAUUUCAUACUGCUUCGAUAUCCAUGGUCCUUCAUUAUCAAUUGAUACAGCUUGCUCAUCAUCAAUGAAUGCUGUUACUCAAGGUUAUCACUCAAUAUUAAAUGGUACUUCCAAUAUGUCUAUUGUUGGUGGUGUAAAUUUUGUAAUAGAUGUUGAAACAAUAAAAGGUUUUUCAUAUUUAAAUAUGUUAAGUAAAACACAUGGUAAAUGUAAAGCAUUUGAUGAAAGUGGUGAUGGUUUUACACGUGGUGAAUGUGCUGGUGUUGUAGUUUUAAAGAAACUUGAUGAUGCUAUUAGAGAUGGUAAUAGAAUUUAUUGUAUAAUUAAUGGUAUAAGUUCAAAUAUUGAUGGUAAUGGAAUUGCUGAUAAGGCCAACUUUUAUUCACCAUCAAAGCAAUCACAAUUUAAUAAUAUUAAUUUAGCAUUUAAAUCAACCAAUGGUAAAAUUUCAGUAAAUGACAUUCAAUAUAUCGAAGCACAUGGUACCGGUACUAAAACAGGUGAUCCAAUUGAAACUGAAGCAAUUUCAAUGGCUUUUAAAAAUAGAGAUAAAUCAACACCAAUUCUAAUUGGUUCAAUUAAAAGUAAUAUUGGUCAUUGUGAAGCUGGUUCAGGUGUUGUAUCAUUAAUCAAAUGUUGUUUAAUGUUUAAAUAUCAAUGCUUUUUACCAAAUAUUCAUUUCAAAAAUCCAAAUCCAUUAAUUAAAUUCAAUGAAUGGAAUUUAAAAGUUGUAACAUCACCAAUUCCAUUCAACAGAAAUAAUGAAAAAUCAGUUUCAAUGAUGAUUAAUAACUUUGGUGUUACUGGUUCAAAUUGUUGUUUACUUAUUUCAGAGUUUAAAAAACAAGAUUAUGAAUCAUAUGAAAACAACAUCGGCAGUAUUAAUAAAAAUAUAUUAGUGCCAUUCUCAGCAAAUUCUCCAAAGUCAUUGGACCAAUACCAAUCAAAAAUCAAAAAUAUAAUUAAUAAUCAAUUCAAUUUUAUUGAUUUUGCAAAUAACCAAAUUUAUUCAAAAUCAAAUUAUCUUUAUCAAAGAUCAGUUGUAAUAGCAAAUAAUUCAAAUGAUCUUGUUAAUAAAAUUUUAAAUAAAAAACAUAUUCAAACUAAAAAUCCAAUCAUUUCAAAUAUGUCAUUCAAAGGAAAGAAUCCAAUUACAAUUUUUGUUUUUUCAGGUCAAGGAUCACAAUAUCCUAAAAUGGCUUUAGAAUUAUAUAAUAAUGAAGUAAUCUUUAAAAAAUCAAUUGAUUUAAUCGAUUCAAAAUUAUCAAAAUACUAUGGUUAUUCAGUUUUAGAAAAAUUAAGAUCGAUUGGAGAUGAUGAUACUACUUCCAUUCAUGAUCCAACUAUUGCACAACCAGCAAUGUGUAUGUUUUCAGUAUCAUUAUUUGAAUUAUAUAAACAUUGGGGAGUAAAUCCUUCAUUUAUUCUUGGUCAUAGUCUUGGUGAAAUCCCAACCUCAUAUUGUUCUGGAAUGAUUGAUUUAGAUACAUUCUGUUAUACAGUUUAUCAAAGAUCAAUAGCACAAACUAAAACACAUGGUAAUGGUAGAAUGUUAUCAAUCAAUAUUAGUGAUGAAGAAUUUAAAUCAAUGUAUUCUCAAAAGUAUCCACAAAUUGAAAUUGCGUGUUAUAAUUCACCUCAAUCAAUUGUUGUGGCAGGUAAUGAAUCAAUAUUAAAUGAAAUUUCAAAAGAAUUAAAAGAAAAAGAAAUUUUCACUGCAAUGUUAGGUUCAUUAUCAUCAUUCCAUACAAGUAGUCAACAAUGUACAAAAGAUAGUAUAUUACAACUAAACAUUGAAAGUAAAAAAUCAAAAGUACCAACAUUUUCAACAGUUACAACAAAUUUAUUCAACGAAUCAGAUCCAUUUAAUUCACAGUAUGUUUAUGAUAAUAUUAUUAAUCCAGUUAAAUUCACACAAACAAUUUCAAAUAUUUAUAAACAUAUCGAAUCAAAUCAAUUAGAUAAUGAUAUUGUAUUCAUUGAAAUUGCACCACAUCCAACAUUAUCAUUUUAUAUUAAACAAAUGGUACCAUCAAGUUUAAAUGAAUCAGUUUCAGUUUAUUCAGCACUUCACAAGAAAAAGAAUGAUGUCGAAGAGUUUCAACAAACCAUUUCAAAUUUAUAUUGUCAAAAUGGAUAUAAUAUUAAUUUUAAAUGUCAAUUUAAUAAUAAAAAAUCAAAUCAAAAAAUUAAUUUACCACUUUAUCAAUGGGAUGACGAAUUAUAUUUCGCUCAAACUCAAGUACUCGAACAACAUAGAAAAGAAGGACCACCAAUUGACCAUCUUGGUCUAUCAAACUCUUAUUAUUCACCAUUUAAAAAUUCAUAUAGGACAUUUAUUGAUAUAAAGAAUAAACCAUUUCAAUAUCUAAAAGGUCAUAUGGUUAAAGGUAAAUACUACUUCCCAGGUUGUGGUUAUAUUGAUAAUAUUAUUCAGCUUUAUAAAAAUCAAGAUAUUUUUAUUAGUUUUAUUGAAUUUAAAACACCAUUAAUUUUAAUUGAGGGUAUCAAUCAAUGUUUACAGACAAACAUUCAACAAACUGGUAAAAGUGAAUAUCGUGCACAAUUUCAUUUCAAAGAUCAAAAAUCAAAUGAAUGGAUUCAAUCAUCAAAUGCAAAUUUCCAAUUAUUAGAUCACACUAUUGAAAUGCCACCAAAGUAUAAUAUUGAAGAAAUUAUUAAAAACAAAUGUACGUUGGCAAGAUUAACAAAGAAUGAAAUUUAUACUCACAUAAAAUCAAAAACUGGUUUAAAUUAUACUGCAAUGUUUCAAGGUGCUACUGAAUGUUAUAUAGGUGUAGAUUGUACAUUAUCAGUUGUAUCAAUUGAAUCUCAAACAAAUUCAUUUUUAAAUAUACCAAUUUUAGAUUCAGUUUUCCAUGGUAACAUUUCUUUAAUAAAUGAUCAAUGUCAAAUUGUAUUUGAUAAAGUUCAUGGGUUAAAGUACUAUUCAUCAAAUAUUCCAAAUGAUUAUAAAGAUAAAUCAGUUUAUGUAUAUGCAAAAUUAAAAUCAAAGACAAGUGAUUCAUAUUCAGCUUCAUUUACUGUACUAUUAUCGGAUGGUACAGUUGUAUAUGAAAUUGAUGAAGCAUUCAGUAAAUCUUUAAUUCCAAUUAAAGAAUUACUUAAAAUUGAAUAUCCAAAUGAUGAAUUAUUUUCAAUUAAUUUACAACCAAAAGAUUCUCCAAUUCCAGCUCCUUCAACUUUCAAAUCCCUAAUUUAUGAAAAUGAUCGUUUCAAUGCUGAACCACCAAUGGUAGAGAAUCUCUUUCAAUACAUUUCAACAAUAUUUUAUAAAAAUAUUAUAAAUAGAUGUCCAGAAAUUAAUAUUGAUAUAAUUAAAUCUUUAAGUAUUGAUGAAAUUAUUUCAAAUUUCAGUAAAAUUUCAAAACAUGAAAGAUUAUUUAAAUAUGUUUUUGAAACUAUAAAAGAGAAUGGUAUUCUUAAUAGUUUGGAAGAAAAAGAUGAUACUUACUUUGUAUUUAAUGAAGUACUUAUCAAAUCAUCAAGAGUUAUUUCAAAAUUAUUAUUCCCAUUAGAAAAUGAUAAUGAUAAUGAAGAUACACCUCAAUUAUUAUUUCAAAAUGGUUUAAUGGAUAAAGUUUAUAAAUGCAGAUAUUUAAAAAAUAAGAAUCAAAUGAUUGCCCAUAUUAUUAAACAUUCAAUUAAAGAGAUUAUUAAUAAUAAUAUUAUAAUUAGAAUUUUAGAAUUUGGAGGAGGUACUGCAUCAUUAUCAGUUGAAGUUAUUGAAGAAAUCGUUACAUUACUUCAAGAGAAUCCAAAUUAUCAAGUUGAAAUCGAAUAUACAUGGAGUGAUAUUUCGCCUGCAUUCAUAGUAGAUACAAAGAAUAAAAUCAAUAAAAUCAUUAAAGGUGCUGGUAUAACAAAUGGAUUAAAUGUUAUUUAUCAUCCAUUAACAAUUGAUGAAUCAUUGGUAGAACUUCAAUCAAUCAAACCAUCAUAUUAUGAUUUUGUUAUAAUGUCAAAUGUUCUUCAUGUUGUUAAAGAUAUUAAACAAGCUGUAGAACAAAUGUAUCAAUUGUUAAUACCAAAUGGUCAAUUACUUUUUGUUGAACCCCCUUAUAAAUCAAUAAUAUGUGAUAGUUUAUUUGGUUCAUUUGAACAAUGGUGGGCAUUCACUGAUACUGAUAUUAGAAAAGAUCAUUGUUGUCUUUCUCAAGAUGGUUGGUAUAAAUUAUUGAAAUGGUCAAACUUUGAAAGUAUUGAAAUGUCAACUGAAAGUAAAUUCAUGGGAUCAGUUAUCCAAGCACAAAAACCAUCAUUUACAUCAUUAAUAAAUCAACAACCAAAGUAUGAUAAUAUUAUUAUUUUUGGUAACAAUUGUCCAAACUUUAUUGAUAAUAUUAAACCAUUUUCAAAUUUCAAUGAGUUCAUUCAAAUUGAAACUAUUCAAGAAUUUGAUCAACUAAUUAACAAAUCAACAAUUACAAAUGAUUCAAUCAUUUAUUUCAUAAAAUCAAUUAAUCAGUUAUCUUUGGAUAAUUAUAAACAAGCAACUCUUGAAUAUAUUGAAAUCAAUCAAAAACUAUUACAAAUUAAUAGUUUAUGUAAACAUGUAUUAAUUGUUAAUGAUUCAAGAAAAACCAACUAUUUAGCAUCAUCAAUUGUUGGUGCUGCAAGAUACUUUGAUGAAUUCCAACAAUUGAAAUUACAUACAUUAGAUUUUGAUUAUGAUUCAACCCAAAAUUAUUUAAUUUCAAAAAAUAACAAAAUGGUUCAAUUCAUUAAUAACUUGAUAGACUCCAAAACAAAUGUUCAUAAAGAAAUGAUUAUAAUUAAUAACAAAGUAUAUUAUGAAAUAGUUCAAAAAGAGAAAAAUCUAAAAUUAAAAUACAAUUCAGAAUCUUUCGAACAACAAGAUAAUUUAAUGUGUUCAUUAUCACCAAAUUUAGAAUAUCAAUUACAAUCAAAACAAAUUAAAUUAAGAGAUAAUCAAGUUGAAGUUAAAACAAUUGCAACUGGUAUCAAUAAUAAAGAUUACUUAGUUUAUAGUGGUUUAGAAGGUAGUGUUAAUUCAAAUACACCACAAUUUGGAUAUGAAUUUUCAGGUAUAAUAACAAGAGUUGGUAAUAAUGUAAAAGAUUAUAAAGUUGGUGAUAAUGUAUUUGGUUUAUCAAAUUCUUGUACAUCAUCCAAUAUUAUUGUGAAUCAUGAAAGAAUUCAAAUAAAACCUUCAAACAUAAGUCAUAUUGAAGCAGCAUCAAUUCCAAUUGAUUAUUUAACAUCAUUUAUGAGUUUAUUCAAUGUUGGUUGUUUAAAUAUUGAAGAUAAUGAAUCAAUUUUAAUUCAUUUAGGUAGUGAUAGUUUUGGGUUAUCAACAUUUGAAAUAUUAAAAUGGAAAGGUUUUAAAUCAAAUUUAUUCGUUACAGUUAAUUCGGAUGAAAUUAAACAAUAUCUUUUAAAUAAUUAUGGUGAUUUAAUAACUGCAAUUUAUUCAAACACAGAUAAAGGUUAUGUAAGUCAAAUUAAAAAUAAACUUAUUGAACAAGGCUCAAAUGAUAAUGGAGUAGAUUUAAUAUUAAAUACAUUACCAAGUGAUUUUAUGGAUUCAAAUUUCCAAUUGUUAGCAAUUAAUGGUAGAAUUAUAGAUUUAUCAAAUGAUCAUUUAAACCAAAGUGAAUAUAUGAAAAAUGUAAACUUUACUCUUAAUCGUGGUUAUCAUAAUUUUGAUUUAAUGUCACAAAGAAAUUCAAGAAUCAAUAGAAGUUUAUUAACCAUUUCAAAAGCAAUUGAAAAUGGUGAAUUAAAAUUAAUUCCAAUUAAAGAAUUUUCAAACUCUGAUAUUAAUGAUGCAAUUGAAUUUAUUAUUGAAGAGAAUAGAAUUGAUAAAAUUGUAGUUAGUCAUGAUCAUGAAGUUUAUCAAGAACUCUAUGCUAAAUUUUCAAAUGAAAAUGAUUUUUCAAUAUUAAAAUCAAAUUAUCAAAUUAAUUCAAAUAAUUUAGGUAAAAAUAUAUUAAUUACCGGUCAAUCAGGUAUUAUUUUAGAAAUAUUAAAAUGGAUCAUUAAAUAUUCAAAUAUUAACACAAUAGAAAAUGUUAUUAUUCUUUCAAGAUCAUCAUUAAAAUGGGAAUUAGAAUUAUUAAUUAAUCAAACCAAACUAUCAAAUAAUAAUAUUAAAUUCCAUUUCAAGAGUGUUGAUGUUGGUGAUAGUGAACAAGUUGAUAAUGCAAUCAAUGAAAUAUUAAAUGAAAAUCAAGAAAUUAUAAAUAUUCAUUCAAUAUUCCAUUUUGCAUUUACCCAAAUUGCAUGUAAAGUUCAAGAAAUCAAUAUGAAACAUUUAGAUAUUUCACACGGAGCAAAAACAAUGGGAGCAAUUAAUUUACAUAAUCAAUCAAUUAAACGUAAUUGGAAAUUAAUUAAUUUUGUGAUUUCGUCAUCAAUUGCCUCUCUUGUUGGUUCAACAGAUCAGUGUUCAUAUGUUUGUGCAAAUGCAUUAUUAGAUUCAUUUUCAAAAUAUAGAGUAUCUCUUGGACUACCAUCAACAUCUAUUAAUCUUGGUGCAAUUGAAUCAACUGGUUUCGUUUCAAAGAAUGAAUCGAUUUCAGUAUUUUUAGAUGGCAGUGGUAUUAUUCCAACACCAAUCAAUCAAGUUUUAGGCCUUUUAGAUUUACAAAUUCAAAACCCUGGUAAAUUUACAAAUUCAAUGGUUGCUAAAUUUAAUCCAUUAAACUUUUCAAAUAAUGAACAAAUUAAUCUUUUAUUAAAAAUGGAUUACAUUUUCAAUUUACAUUCUAAUGGAUAUACUAAAGUAAAGGAGAGUGCUGGAAGUAAAAAUGUUGAUGAAUUGUUUAUUAAAAAAAUAUCAGAUUUAUUCUCAAUUGAUGAAUCUAAAAUAAAUAAGGAUAUUAGAUUAAUCGAUUAUGGCGCAGACUCAUUAGUUAUCGUUCAAUUAAAGAAUUGGGUUGACCAAGAAAUUGGAUUUAAUUUAAUUACAAUUCAACAACUUCAAAAUAAUACAAUUAAUGUUUCAAUUAAAAUAAUUUUAAAUUUUUUGAAAAAGAUAAAUAAAUAA